AAAAAAGUACUUCUCUUUGAAUCACAUCGCAAGAAAGAUGUCUGGGUUGUUAGUUGUAACUAUACUUCUAGGUCUCUGCACGAUCUUUGCAGCAUCUAGGGAGAGUACGUUAGAGUUAGUGCAUGUGUUGUUUAGGCAUGGUAAUAGAAAUCCUGACCAGAGCUCAUUGUAUGAGAGCGAUCCCUUUUAUAACGAGAGUUUUUACAGAGAAGGCUAUGGACAGCUUACUAAUGAAGGGAAAAGAACAGAGUAUGAGUUAGGAAAUUUAUUACGUAGAAGAUAUAACGACUUCUUGGGCCAAGAAUGGAAUAUCAACUAUUUGAACGUAAGAAGCACUGACACCAACAGAACCAAGAUGUCUGCCUUGUUAGUUGUAGGUGCUUUGUAUCCUCCUAGGAGAAGGGACGUGUGGUUACCUCCCCUCAACUGGCAACCCAUACCAUACAACUACAAAUCCGUAGAAAAUGAUAAGGAACUAUUUCCUUUUUACACCUGUUCAAAUUUCUAUACCGAUCUAUAUGCGCUCAUCGGCUCAGAACCGUAUUCUUCAUACAUCCAAGACCGGUAUGGAGAAGCUUUUGAGAUUCUAGAAGAAAAUACUGGAACCUCAUCAAUCAAUAUUUUUACUGCUUCCUAUCUCUACAAUGGAAUGGUUGUCCAACAAGAGAUUGGUUACCCUCUGGAAGCAUGGACUAGCAGUGUAUAUCCAGAACCAUUGAACUCGGCAGCUGUUGAUUGUUACUAUCUUUAUACCAAUACCACAUCUUUAAGAAGAACUGUAUCUGGAUAUCUUCUGAAAAAGAUACUGGCAGAUACAGAAAGUAAAAUUAAUGGUACAAUUACUCCAUCUACCAGAAAAGUAUUUUUAUAUUCUGCACACGAUUUAAACGUAGGUACAUUCCUUCUUUCUCUAGAACUUUAUAAACUAGUAGAGACUCCACCGUAUGGUUCACACGUGUUGAUUGAGCUUCAUAAAGUUCGUGGAGUGUAUGGAAUCAGAUUGUUUUAUCAAAAUUAUAAGCAACGUAACCCAAUACCGCUGAAACUGCCAAACUGUGACUAUUUCUGUCCGUACGAUCAAUUUUAUGAACAAGUCAGUUAUUUGAUACCAGAUGAUGAAGAUUGUGUUACUUCUGAAUCAGAAACAACUACUGUAUUUAGCUUACCAAUUGGUCUGUAAAUUAUAUGACAAUAAAUUGAUUUAAUAAGCCUUA